CAAAUGGCUGGCGGGGCAUGGCCUGAUAUCAUUAUCUAAGAGCGAGAAAAACAAUCCCCGCACUUUACUGAAAUCAAAUAGCAUAGCGGCUCUUUCUUUUUUUUCUCUUCUUUUUUCUCUUUUCUCAUUUACCUUCUCAUUUCCUACAUUCAACCCCAUCUUCAUCUCUUUACAUCAUUACUUUUGCUCAAAAAGAUGGUAGCUGACGCUUACAAGGAAUUCAUGGACGUCUUCCCCGUCCUUGCUGAGGAGCUUCUCACUCACCUGCGCUCGAUUGACAUUCCUCAGAAUGCUAUCGAGUGGUUUGAGAAGUCCAUGCGUUACAACGUCCUUGGUGGCAAGAUGAAUCGUGGUUUGACUGUUGCUGAGACCCUCCGUAUCCUCAAGCGUGGCGAAACUCUGACCAAGGAGGAAGCCUUCAAGGCUAACCUUUUGGGCUGGUGCAUUGAAUGGCUCCAAGCCUUUUUCUUGGUCUCGGAUGAUAUCAUGGACAACUCAAAGACUCGUCGUGGCCAGCCUUGCUGGUACCGUGUUGAGAAUGUUGGCAUGAUUGCCAUCAACGAUGCUUUCAUUCUCGAGGCUGCUAUCUAUUUCUUUCUGAAGAAACACUUCAGGAAGGAUGACUAUUACAUUGAUCUGCUAGAGCUGUUCCAUGAGACAGCUUUUCAGACCGAGCUAGGUCAGCUCUGUGACUUGAUCACAGCUCCUGAAGACAACGUUGACCUCACAAAGUUUUCAAUCGAGAAGCAUGCCUUCAUUGUCAGAUACAAGACUGCUUACUACUCUUUCUACCUCCCUGUUGCUCUCGGUAUGCACAUGGCUGGUGUCAAGGAUGAGACUGCAUAUAAGCAAGCUGAGGACAUUUUGCUGCCUUUGGGGGAGUACUUCCAGAUCCAGGACGAUUACCUUGAUUGCUACGGCAACCCCGAGACCAUCGGUAAGAUCGGUACUGAUAUCGAGGAUAACAAGUGCUCAUGGUUGAUCAACCAGGCUCUUGCCAAGGCUACCUCUGAGCAGCGCAAGAUUCUUGAUGAGAACUAUGGUCGACGUGAUGAAGCCAAUGUUGCUGCUGUCAAAGAAGUGUUCAAGCAGAUCGAUGUUGAAGGUCUCUUCAAGGCUUAUGAAGAAGAGUCCUAUAGCCGUAUCAACGCUUUGAUUGCCAAGGUUGACCAUCCCCUUUUGAGCCAAGAUGUCUUCACCACCUUCAUGAAGCGCAUCUACAAGCGCACCAAGUAAAAGAAAAAAAACCCCCCCUCCCGCUUUUUGUACAACUCACUCAUUCCUUCAUCCAACCGAGUAUAGAAAUAAAAGUAAAAAAAACACGU